AUGGGCUUCGGCCUCAGCGACAUCAUCUCAUGCGCAACCCUCGCGUGGCAUAUUUAUAACAUAGGGUUUAGCAAAUAUGAAAGUGCAAAACAGGAGUAUGCCGACUUCGGCAACGAUAUUCGUCGUUUCGCGGAAGGCCUCGCUUCCAUCCGAGAUGCAGUUGAGAAGGCUCAAGAACAAAUGCCCUCUCUUAGAAGCCACGAAUGGGACUUGUCCACUUUCCAAUCCAUUGUGGGGGACUUUGCCGGCACGACGAAGCAGUGUGAAGAUCUGGUACUGCGAAAUUCUAAAUUCGAAAGAGAUGGGUUGGGCUUUGUCAGGAAUAUAUCGUGGAGCUUGGGGUUGGCAGAGAGAGUCCGAUCGCUGAGAAUUCGGGUCUCUUUCCAUUGUUCGAAGGUCAUAUUUUUGUUGAAGCCUCUGGAGCUAAAGAUAUACGCUGACAUUCAACAACGUAUCAUACUGAUGCAUGGCGACCUGGUUGGCAGGUUGAACGAGAUCAAAGGGCUUCUUCUUGGGGACGUUCGAGAAGAGACCGGAACGACAAGGCUUCCUUUGUCCGCAUUACCACUGGUGCCCGAGUACCUUUCCGAAAAGUUCAAGGCAACAGCCAUGGAUACUCGACCGAUCGAGCCUUUCCCUCUAGCGGAGGGCAUCGAUGCUGUGGCCUUCUAUUUUGAAGAGAGCACUCGAAAAUUCCGGUCUUUCGCACCAUUGAUGCUGACACCCGAACCCACGCAGUAUCUCAACCUUAUGAAGUGCGUCUGGAUAAUUGAGAAAAUUAAAUCCCAUCCAUCAUUCGACCUUGCCUGCAAAGACAUCCUGUGGAAGACAUACGUUCACGAGCUUGAGUCCAAGAUCAUCUCUGAGACAGAACGCUUCGCAACAGCCGAAUCUCCGCUGCAAGCUCCACAGCCAAGCGACAUUUUACGUGAGCCAGAAGGAAACUUCAAUAUUUGGGUGGACUUCGGCGACGCAGAUCCCUUCCCAACGCUAACUGAACCAGAUGGUUUCGAGCAGAAAAUCUUCGAGGCCCCACUUCCAGAUGUUUCACAAAGCCGGAAACAGGACAUCAUGGUAUUUCGACUUGAUGAGACUCGCCUUCGUCUAGUCAGAGUGGUAACCAGCACCAUAUCAAAACACAAAGAGGUCGAGGGGCACGAGAUCGACGCUCAAAAGGUGCAUUUCGUGCCUUUCUAUGCCUUUCCCAAGAAAUCUGAUUCCGCCCUCAGCAUCGGCUGGCGAGCAACGGGCUGCGAUCAACGCAGUCAGGCUUUGACCUUCAACCAUAUCAGCCACCUCCAUCAGCUUCAACAGGCUAUCACUAAUUUCGGCGUUGUACAUGACAGUGAAGGGGUGGCUGAGGUACGAAUCAAGGAGUCGUCAUUCAUGAGUGGCAUUAAAACGAUCGGCACUAGUGGACGCGUACAGAUCUGGACUCAUCGAGCCCCCCAAAGUCCUCUUCGCUUUCCACUGGUUGCAGAUACCGUCCUCAGCCAUGGAAGCUCACCGCAAGAUUCCAUAUCACCAAGCUCAGCCCAACGGGCCAUCAGCCCUAACGGCGCCGGCCAUGAUUCCACGUCAACUGAAUUUAGCUCACAGGCGCCCAGUACUGAUAGUUGGGCGAAAACCUAUGCUGCGUCUGAGAAUCCGUCCUCGGAAAUUCAGCAAGCCGGUCGAAGAGCGUUGCUUCGAUAUCCUGUGUCGUCACAGAUUGUAAUCUUCGCUGCUAGCAUGGUUGAUGGCAAAGAAACCACGCGAUUCAUCUCAAUCCCAGUCACGGAGAUAACACGUCUAAGCCCAGGUAAUUGUGAUUGCAAUAAGCCUUCAAAGUCCUGUCUACGGAUCGUAAUCAAAUGUGCGAACAAGCUCGACGUCAAGAUCUAUGACACGGAAGGCCAUGAUGAAAGGUGGAAUUUGGCAGUAUUGAGAUCGCCGGAGCACAUCGACGUUCGCCAGGGCUUGGAGGUCAUCAAGGGCGCCAAAUUCGUAACUCUGGACUUUGAAUCGGCAGAAAACCGAGAAGAUUUCACCAAUGCUUUCGAAACUGCGAGCCAAAUAAUGCAAAAUCGAGUAGAGAGCUAUUGGCGAGACAAGGGGAAACUCUCCAAGCAAUUUGUCAAACCUCACUACAACAUCGCGCCGCGCUGA